GCCAGCUGUUUAGUUCCGAGGAUCUUGUCCUCGCGGGUCGCUGGCAAGGAACAAUGGUUUGAGAUAACCUCCGCUUUAUCUCGCGAUGACAAAACCUGCAGAGCGAUAGCGCGAAGACGGAACACGGCGGGUGGCGAGCGGCGCCGGAGACGGUGACAAAGCCCUCGGCUCAGAGGCUGUCGUGCAGAGCUACGUGGGCGCCUUCACUCACAACGACCGCAUCGCUCUGACUGCUUCCAGGCGCCGGCACGACGGCGAACAUCGAGGAAGAAGAGGGAUGAGAUAGCCAUCUUAGAAUUUCAUUUAAUAUUAACGUGUAUAAGAAAGAAAUUACAACUGCACUUUCCUGAUAUUAAGGAUUAUAAGGGUUGCUGUGUCAUCAGUAAGAGAAAAAAAUAUCAGGAAGGGCCUCUGUGGAUUCCAGAUAUUGUGGUAUAUUAGAUAGUGAAAGUGGUGAUUGAUUUUAGCUGAAAAAAAUAAAGUACGAGACUUCCCUGUUCCAAUAAAUCAACUCAGGAAAGGAAAUACAGAAGAGGAACGUGACUUGCUCGCGCGGCAAGACCGUUUGUGAUUCCAAAAUUUCCGGCCAAAAUUUCAAGAUUGAUUGGCUGCAAGACCCCACGAUGGUUCUCUGCGGCACAACUCCCGAAAGGAGAGCGAGUAAAGACCUGGAGAAGAAGAUAUCCUCAUGGAUGAAAGACUAUAAAAAAGCAAUAAAAAUAUUAUUAUUAGGGGCGGGAGAAUCGGGCAAAACCACCAUCAUUAAGCAGAUGAAGAUUCUGCACAUCAGCGGGUUUACUCCAGAAGAGAAGAUGGAGAAGGCGCAGGACAUCAAGAGCAACGUCCUGGAGGCCAUCUCGACGCUGACGAGGAACUUGGAGCAGCUGGGCAUCCCCCUGGGCUCGGAGGCGAACAGAGAUUCCUUCGAGUACAUCAGCGGCAUUGACCCGGAGGGAUUUACCUUCCCACAGGAAUUCUACGAACACACGGAGCGCCUAUGGCGAGACGCCGGCAUCCGCGAGGCGUACGCGCAGCAGCACAAGUUCCAACUGAUUGACUGCUCCAAAUACUUCUUGGACAAAGUCAGCGUCUUGAAGCAGCCGGACUACGUCCCUAGCGUGCAGGACAUCCUGCACAGCCGUCGCCGGACAACGAAUAUCCAGAAGAUUGAGUUCGAGGUGAAAAUCCCGCGCAAGUACGGCGGCGGAGGCUCGCUCACCUUCUGGAUGUUCGACGUCGGGGGCCAGAGGGGGGAGCGGAAGAAGUGGAUCCAGGUAUUUGACGGCAUCCAGACCGUGCUGUUCCUGGUGUCGGCGAGCUGCUUCGACCUGGUGGUGAGGGAGGACGAGGCCACCAACCGCCUGCAGGAGUCCAUAAAAAUCUUCCAAAAUGUUUGGGUGUCAAGAUUUUUGAAAGAUGCUGGAUUCAUCGUUUUCCUUAACAAACAAGACAUCCUUAAGGAUAAAGUAGUGAAUUCGAAGAAGCGCAUCGGCGAUUAUUUCCCAGACUAUGCAAAUUAUAAAUUGGACGUAAAAGACCGAGAUCCAAAUGAGGACGAAGAGUACCAGAAGACGCGCUGCUUUAUCAGAGACCAGUUUUUAGAGAUCGCCAAGCAACAGGUGACGCGCGAGGCGAGGAAGCUGUCCCCGGGCUUCAGCGUGGCGGAGGAGGAGCGCGUGCGCGAGUGCUACUGGCACUUCACCACGGCCACCGACACCAACAACGUCAAGCUCGUGUUCGAGGACGUCCACAACAUGAUUAUUAUGUGGAACCUGCAUGAAAUCGGGGUGAAGAUGGCCUAGGUCGGCCUUCGGCCCGCGGGACGCCCUCGCGGGGUUGUCGCUUGAGGCGCUCCUCUGGCCUCGUCCCGACGAGUCACUUGCCGUGCAUUUGCUCUUACAAAUGCUUCUUCAUUUAGUUCUUUACUGUGCAUAUAAAUAUGAUAAGUUAUUCAUAUGCUAUCAUUUUAUACAAUCAUUGAGGGACUAUAUUUUCCUUUUGAAAUGGAGUUAUGCAUGAGUUUUUAUUUAUUAAUAGUGAGUUUUAAUGUCCAUGAUAAUCAAAUUUAAUUAUAGAAUAUAUAAAUAAAUUUCUGUGUAAAAUUAGCAUAGUAGUAAUAUCUUACAAUGUCAUGUGCAAUAAACAUACUGAUCACACACGUGUAUUAGUUUUCCCUCUCGCAGUAAGAUUUUGGUGAGACCUGUUCCUGUAUCUAUAAAACAACACACAGAUAUGAGCAUCAGAUUGUCUGCUAGAUUUUACUUGAAUAUAUUAAAUGGAAGCAGCCAUUUUCAUUUCAAGUAGGUUUGAAGCCCUGGCUGAUCUAGGAAAUUACACGGGGAGGGGUGGGGGGAAGAGCCAUAUCAGAUAUCAGGGAAUGAUGAUUUAUAUAACUUAUUUUCAUAUUUCUUUUGUUUGCUACAGUGACCUGGGAAGCUUUGUUUUAUCAUUAAAGUCUGGGUUCAUUGUUUUCAUUGGUUCUCUGUUAAGUGCAAAUAGUUUUCCUAGAAUUUGCGUAUUUUCUCAUCAUGUGACUAGAGUGUAGAUUUCAAGUGAAGAAAUAACGUUAACAAGCGUCAACAAAUAUUUUUGUAGCGAAAAAGCGAAAGCCAGUCUAGUCUACUUAUUGAUAAACCGCUCAAUGGAUCCAGUACUGAACACACCGAGACAAACUUCGGCAAAUUUGAAGGAAAUCAAACUCAGACUAAUCGAUUUGAAAUGAGAAAUAUAUUUAUACGUCUUGGCAAAUGGUGUGUAUUUCUGUCAUUCUGGGGUUGGCACUGCGACAUAUCUUAUAUCUUAUGUCAGUUCAACGGUUGCAGCAUAGGAAUUUCAGACGCUUGAAACUAAACUGCUGUCCGCUCUCCCGAUCAUUCUGUGAUUCAGAUGACUAGACAGUGAAAUCAGAGCACUAACAUUUGACCAGAAAACAGAUUAAUGGCAUAACGCAAUAUGUAUGUGACAUUUGUUUUAUCUUUACAUGAAUAAUAUUUUUCACGUGCCUGUGGCUAAUAUUUUUUUGGGAGGAAAAUUUCUGCUUAAAUCAUAUAUAUGGACAAAUAGUCUUUGUUCUUCUAAUAAAAAAAUAUAUUUUUCAAAUUAUCUUCAGACUGCAACAUUACAACAAGGCCACCCUG